AUGAAGUUCAGCAUUGCCGCUGCAACCCUCUUCGCCGGCCUCGCCGCCGCCGCGCCGUCCACCAAGGCCGCCCGGACCAACACCGUGACGCUCACGUUCUGGGCCGCCGCCGAGAACACAUUCACCCUCGACGUGCCCAUCGACGGGUCUUACACCUUCAUCUCCAGCGACCUCUCCUUCACCUCCAUCUCCGCCUCCUCCCCGGGCAACACCGUCUGCCACAGCUACGGCGUCGACAACUCUGACACCGUGCUGUACGGAAGCGCCACCGAUGUUCCGAUUGGACCCCCUCAGGAGCAGACCUACGCGACUUGCGAGUACCUGUAA